AUGGCGACUCCGUCUUCCAAGCAAAAUCCCGGCGCAACGCCGACCUAUCUGACUUCUUCUCCCCGCCCCUCUGGGCCUAUGGCUCGACCUAUAUCACACAAAUCACCUUCAACGAGAACCCCAUCAGCUUCCAACCAUCAACCGACUUCGACGCAUCAGAACGCCACACCUCUGGCUACAACCACUGGGGCAGACGAUCCCGUUACUCUCAGCUCCCCAUCGGCGCUUCUUGCACUUGGUGGCUAUGGCGGGAUUAGCCCGUCUCCCGCAGUCCACGACGCUUUAGUGGCACCCGGUAUGCAUGACAGCGACAUUCAGGCACUCGGGAUGCAAGGCCUGAAGAUCGGAAGCGCGCGCGACAGCGACGAAGAGCGAAGGAGACACAUUGAGGACGUGGUUCAGCUUCUGCGGACACGAGUCGCGGGAAGAGGGGUGUGCAGGGAAGGCAUUGAGCGACUGGGCCAACUCGAAGGCUUUGAGUCGAUCUGGCAGGAGGAUAGCCUCAGUAUUGCGGGAAAUUUUGUGGAUCUUGAGAUUGAGUUCUACCGUGCGCAGAAUACGGUGAAGGAUGUCAGCCUGAAUAUCGCAACGCCAGAAACCACUGACGGCGAGCGUCGGGAAGCUACAGCUGUCCUAAAGCGUGACUUGAUAGAAUCGACUGAAGGUGGAGGACGGAGCUCUUGGAAAACGUUGACUAAGUUCCAUGAGAAUCUACAGUGGCUUGCGAAGCAUGAUAGACUCAGCCAAGAAGUCAACUGUUUUGAGGCCAUAGAAGGCCUCCACGAAAGCUUGAAGCGCAUUUGGGAUGAGGAAGGAGAUCACCGCAAGUUUUCUGGUAUCAACGAUCACCUCUGCAGUGGUUGGGUUGGCAAGCCGUGUCUGCAUCAAGGAGGCCGUAUUGGCCUCAACUUAGAGUACUGGGUACAUCAAGCACGCGUCCUGGACGCCAAGCAAAAGAAAGUUUCCCCCGAUGACAUGGCUAUAGAUCAGCCGUCCGAAUCGUCGAUGGAUGGCGAAUCAGGGAACCUUAAAGGCAAAUGGAACAUCAUAAUAGAGUGUGAAGAAGGAUAUCCGUCGCUCCGUGUGUCCAAAGAGUGGGUGAAUUCCGAGGUCUUUACAGUCAUGAACAACAAUGCGAACGAACCGUCGUCGUCGAACGAGAUAGGAGGGUCAGAUGUUGCUGUUGUUAACUGGGCAGACCCACCAGCGACUCUUCCUUCCCAAGAUCAACAAGAUGCAAUGGCGCUCGAAUCGGGCAUUCUAGGUGCCGCACCCAAUCGGAGGUUUGUUGCGAGAAUGGAACCACCCCUUGAACUGCCAAUCUUGGCAGCUUCGGACAUAUACAGACACCUGGGCAUUCAGAUGCCACAAGAGUUUAAGAUGGUGACCUACGAUGGACUCUUAGCACCGGGAUGGUCGCCAUUAUCAGCGGCGGGAGCUAUGGGUCUGGGGCCUGAGGAAGCAUCCCAACUUGGUCGUAGAAGGCGCAGGAUGGCCGUCCAGACCGUUGACCAGGAUGGAAAACCAUGUACUAAACAACAUAGUUACACUUUCCAACCUUUUGAAUCUGUUGCUGGGCGUACGAUGCGUGACAUCCCCUUUGCGCACCCGCGGCAGCUUGCAGAUAUUCUUCCGACACUGCGCCAAUAUGCGCUUUUAGCAAACAUGAUCCGUAACAUUUUCAGUCCCGCAUCCAAGAACGACGAUAACAGAAAGGAUGCCCAGACAGACUCCCCAAAGAACUCGGCUAGUCAGCUGAAAUUCAGGGAACCAGGGAAGCUAAAGAAAGAUGUGAUUAUCUUGAGCAACAACGAUCCCAACGAGAAAAAGCUCGAUCGGCUGCUGAAGGGAUUCAAUAACAGUGACAGGACCAUGAAGCACAAAGGGAAAGACACAUUCAAGUCGAACGCUGAUGGUGUCGACGAUAAUGCCGAUGAGGUGAAAGUAGACGUUACAUUGCGGACACAGCUUGGUCAAGCGCCCGUCGUUAUGUUACUUUUCACGGUAAACGAUCCACCCGAUUCUGCAGAAUCGGCCAAGGAAGAAACCACUAUAAGCAAGGUUUCCGUUAGUUUGGAAGUUGGAUUGAACGGCCGUGUUUCGGUUGUAGACAUGACAGGAUUGCUGGACCACUCUAGCAGUUUUGGAGAUAUGGACGUGCAAAUGACCGCUGAACAGAAGAACGAAGUGACUGAACUACAAAAAAAGAUAGCCCGGGUUCUGGAAAUAUCUCAAGACCUUGGGACUCUGGUGGAAUGGAUCCUACGAUGGAUGCAGCAGCGAAAGGGCCGUUGA